UGUUGAUGGUCGAUGUCCGUUGUGUAAUGAAAAGCAAGGCGCCAAUAAUUGGGCCCGACAUUGUUCAAGAAACCAUAAGGAUUUUAUUCUGUCUGAUGACGUUGUUGUUGCCGCAGGAAAUGAAGUUUGUUAUUUACUCUGUUUUAACGGGUUUAAUUUAUGAAUUUAUUUUAUUUCCUUUUUUGUUCAAAUUCGAAAAAAUUUCCGUAAAAAUUUGGUAAUGGUUUAGGAAUUUUACCUAGGCAUACUAUUGUUAAUUUGUUCUGACUAACAUUUUUAACUUUUUUCUCAGGUUCAUUCAUUUGUUGUUCGAUUCUUGGAAAGUCUGGGUUUAAAACCUGACCCAAAUAAUGGAUUUAACUCACCACAACAUAUUGCAAAUCUUUUUGCCUUUGCAGAUACCGAUGGCUAUAUUGUUGAUGGAUUAGGAAGUUUAGAAAUGACCGCUACAAAAAUUGCGAUGAAUGAUAUAAAUGUAGAAGGUUUUUAAUAUAGGUAUACGAUUAAACAUUUAAAAACACUUCUUUGAGGACAACCAAUUGUUGUUGAAGAAAGAGACGGUAUUGCAAUAAUUGAUGGCUCUAAUCUUUUGGGGGUAACAGUUGGGAAUUAUUGUGCUUCCAAAGCCAGGGAGUUGGCGCGUAUUUACGGAAUCGGCUUUGUUGUUGCGAGAAACGCUAAUUCAAUCGGGCCUGGACAAUUCUAUGCAAGACAAAUGGUUGAACAUGGGAUGGAAGGAAUUGUUAUAAAUGGUUCUACUUUGAGCUAUGC